AUGAACAAGAUCCGAAAGUUUUUCCGAGGAAGUGGGCGAGUCUUGGCAUUUAUAUUUGUAGCUUCUGUCAUCUGGCUACUCUUUGACAUGGCAGCUCUCCGCCUCUCAUUCAGUGAGAUCAGCACUGGAAUACUUAGAGAAGACAUCAGGAGGAGAGAGCAGACAGGGAUCAGAGGCCAGCCAGAUCAAACGAAGAUCCUUUACAACAACAUUCCAGAAAUGAGGCUGCCCCGGAAUGGAGUUUGGGGAAAGGAGAACUUUAGAAAGGCAGAGGACCACGCACUACUCGAGGUUGACGAGCAUAUGGACCAGGUCCAGAGGAGAGGGAAAAUGCAGAUCCCCUUGGGAAGGGAAAAAGCUGUACAUUUGUGGCACGCUGCACAUCUGCGAACCCUCCCUGAGCCUCUUACCAUGCAGAAGACAGAUGGGAGAGACAGUAAACCUAAAGCCUCCUCCCAGCACAUGACUCCCAAGCAAACAACAGUUUCAUCACAGAGGACCCCAUCCGUGGCAUCAAGAGGAACGCCACUGACCAAUAUAUCAGUACACACAGAAGCCUUCACUACAAAACAAGAGGCCCCAGAGAAUCACACUCUCAGCAGGCAUGCAUCAAAGCAAACAUCUGAAAGGACCCUGAAUGUGACCAUCAGGGUCAGGACUGACAGCUCAAAGCAGCAGUCACAGACAGUAACAAAAUCGAAGACACACUUGGCCAACUCACCAAUGCUGAAAUCUGGGGAAGCCAUAGCCAUAAAGCAAACUGAAGCUAAGGGCAAAGAACUAAAACACAAAGUCCAUAAAGUGUUACCUCUUUUUAAGUUUAUUGCUAAUACAGGUCGUUUAAAGAAGCAAUCUAUGAAUGAGACACAGUUGGGAGGCUUGCCAGAAGAUGUUGGUGCCAAAGUGGCACCAGGGAAGAAACUUAAUAUCUCAGAAAGCCAGGUCGUGGUUAUAACCAAAGAGGAGGACCCAAGGACAGAUACCAAAGAGGUGCCCGAUUCGAAAACCCAAACUAUCGUCCCUAAAUUACUGGGUGGAAGCCAAGAGAAACACAUCCCCAGGAAUCAAAGCGAGACAUCUUCCUCUCUGCUAGCUCCACAGAGAGCAGUGUCUCAAGCCAAGCUGUCCUUAGCAGGGGGACUCCAUCCAGGAAGAAGAAACUGGACUGCCAAAGCCCAGACUGGGCUGUACCAGCAAAGCCACACAAAUACCCCUGAAAACCCUGGAAGGCACCGUGUGCUGAGAAUAGACGUGACCCUUUCUCCAAGGGACCCCAAUGCUCCAGGUCAGUUUGGGCGCCCUGUGGUUGUUCCACCUGGAAAGAAGAAAGAGGCAGAACGAAGAUGGGAAGAAGGAAACUUCAAUGUCUACCUUAGUGACCUGAUUCCAGUGGACAGAGCCAUUGAAGACACAAGGCCUGCAGGGUGUGCAGAGCAGCUGGUUCACAACGACCUCCCCACCACCAGCAUCAUCAUGUGCUUUGUAGAUGAGGUGUGGUCCGCUCUCCUGAGGUCCGUGCACAGUGUCCUCAAUCGCUCUCCUCCACACCUCAUCAAGGAGAUUCUGCUGGUGGAUGACUUCAGCACCAAAGACUACCUAAAAGCUGAUUUGGAUAAAUACAUGUCUCAGUUUCCAAAAGUGCGGAUUCUUCGCCUCAAAGAGAGACAUGGCUUGAUCAGAGCAAGGCUGGCAGGGGCACAGAAUGCAACAGGGGAUGUGCUGACAUUCCUAGACUCUCAUGUGGAAUGCAAUGUGGGCUGGCUGGAACCGCUUCUGGAAAGAGUUUAUUUAAAUAGGAAGAAGGUGGCCUGCCCAGUAAUUGAAGUCAUCAAUGACAAGGACAUGAGUUACAUGACAGUGGACAACUUCCAAAGAGGUGUCUUCACGUGGCCCAUGAACUUUGGCUGGAGAACAAUUCCUCCAGAUGUUGUUGCAAAAAGUGGGAUUAAAGAAACUGACGUGAUAAGGUGCCCAGUCAUGGCAGGCGGAUUAUUUUCCAUCGAUAAAAGUUACUUUUAUGAACUUGGAACUUAUGACCCUGGUCUUGACGUUUGGGGAGGAGAAAAUAUGGAGCUGUCCUUUAAGGUCUGGAUGUGUGGUGGAGAAAUCGAGAUUGUUCCCUGUUCCAGAGUGGGCCACAUCUUCCGAAAUGACAACCCUUACUCUUUCCCCAAAGACCGCAUGAAGACAGUGGAGCGGAACCUGGUGCGGGUGGCUGAGGUCUGGCUCGAUGAGUACAAGGACCUCUUCUAUGGCCACGGGGAUCACCUCAUAGACCAAGGGUUGGAUGUGGGCAACCUGACCCAGCAAAGGGAGUUGCGGAAGAAGCUGAGGUGCAAAAGUUUCAAGUGGUACUUGGACAACGUCUUCCCUGACCUGAAGGCUCCCGUUGUGAGAGCUAGUGGCGUGCUUGUGAACGUGGCCUUGGGCAAGUGCAUUUCCAUUGAAAACACCACAGCCACGCUGGAAGACUGUGAUGGGAGCAGCCAGCUUCAACAAUUCAAUUACACCUGGGUGAGACUUAUUAAGCACGGACAGUGGUGCAUGGCGCCUCGCACUGAUAAGGGACCCCUGAGACUCCAGCCAUGUGAUAACAGAAACACCAGCCUCAAGUGGCUGCACAAAUCAGCAUCGGGCUUUCAUCCAGAACUGGUGGAUCACAUUGUCUUUGAAAACUAUAAGCAAUUGCUAUGCAUGGAAGGAAAUGCUUCCCAAAAGACCCUGAAAGUGGCCACUUGUAACCCAAUGGAACCAUAUCAAAAGUGGAAAUUUGAACGAUACUAUGAAGGCUAA